GACUCGUCGUCGCGUUCGCGAAAACAGUCGGCGAGUGAGUGCGGAGCAAACAGCUGAUAUCGUUUCUGCGGUACGUCCCUCGGCGUGCCAGAGCACAUGUCCGCCGUGCGAUAAUCACGCCACGGUGUCGCGCUACUGCCGCGUAUCUCCCCGGCGACGGCGAGUGAGCGGACGCGAGAGCGAGAAGUACGUGCAUGCGAGCCCACGCCGGCGACUGGCCGCCCCGUCCUCGAUCGCGUGCGAUGAGAAGCGACCGGCGAUAACCGGCAUUCCUCUUUACCGUCCCCAUCGUUGCCGUGACCGUCGCCGUCGUUGUCGUUAACCCGCGUGGGAAACAUGGCCGAUCGCGAUAGCGCGUCCGAGAGCGACUCCAGCUCGAUCGACGGCGGACCGAUUAUGAUGCCACCGUCGCCGGUUACGCGCGAGCAGCUGCAGAAGCGCAUCGAGUCGUUGCAGCAGCACAACCGCGUGCUCAAAGUCGAGCUCGAGACGUACAAGCUGCGGGUGAAGGCCCUGCAGGAGGAGAACCGUGGCCUGCGCCAGGCAUCUGUCAUCAUUCAAGCCAAGGCCGAGCAAGAAGAGGAGUUUAUAAGCAACACUCUGCUAAAGAAGAUUCAAGCCUUGAAGAAGGAGAAGGAGACUCUGGCUCACCACUAUGAACAGGAGGAAGAGUGUCUCACCAAUGAUUUGUCGCGAAAACUAAAUCAACUGCGGCAGGAGAAAUGCAGGCUCGAGCAGACGUUAGAACAGGAGCAGGAAUGCCUGGUGAAUAAACUGAUGAGGAAAAUCGAGAAGUUGGAAGCAGAGACGCUAGCCAAACAGAGCAAUCUGGAGCAGCUGCGUCGCGAGAAAGUUGAGUUAGAGAAUACGCUGGAACAGGAGCAGGAGGCAUUAGUGAACAAGCUGUGGAAGCGAAUGGAUAAACUCGAGGCUGAAAAGAGAAUGCUGCAAAUCAAGCUGGAUCAACCAGUUUCUGAUCCUACUUCACCUAGAGAAAUCAACAACGGCGACACUGCCACAAACCUAAGCACUCACAUCCAGACUCUGAGAAGCGAGGUUGCUCGAUUAAAACACACGCUGCUAAUCUCACAACAAGAACAUACGGAGAAAAUGAAGCGAUAUGUCAAUGAAGAGAAGCAAAUACGUGAGGAGAAUCUGAGACUGCAGAGAAAGUUGCAACUAGAGGUGGAGCGUCGCGAGGCCUUGUGUAGACACCUCUCGGAGUCUGAGUCUAGACAUGAUUUUCGCAGCUUGGAGAUGGAAGAAGAACGGCACUACAAUGAAAUAGUGAUGUCCGGGGGGAACAUAAGGACCCGUACGGUAUCCAGUCCUGUGCCCUACAAUCCGUCACCUAGUUCUUCAAGGCCAUUGAGCCCUGGUAUUAACGUGUUAGGUUCUACAUCCAGAGAGGGCUUCAGCGCAAACCGGUGCUACGCUUGCGGCCAGCCGACUGCUCCUCCGUUCGCGAGCUCAUCGCCUCCUUCAGGGGGACAUAUUGUGGCGCCGUCCAGUAGACGUACCUCGGAUCGUUUCGUCAAGCCAGCGAUUCCGCCCACCAUUGUGAGUCCUGGCGGGCCGCCGACCAUUGCUCCCAAUCCUACGAAUCCCGUUGCCGCUCCGCAUCCAGGAUCACCGAUGGACAUCGCAAAGACAUAAGUUGAACCAAGUUGAGGGGAGGGCUCUCCACAGAAACCCCUUUUAUGUAGUCGCGCGCAAGGCACUUCUCUAAACGGUGCGUUCUAGCUGGAAAAUAUGCGGGAAAAUCGUCCGCAUUUCGAUCGAAACACCACCGUUGGCGCUUUUUCUUGUCGGAUGUUUCCGUUUGUUAACUACUAUUUCAGCUCUAAUGUGUAACACACGGGCUAUAAGAGAUUGAGAGAGAGAAUGAGAGAGAAAGAGAGAUAUGGGACUUAAUUAUCUCGAUCUGAAUGGACAGAAUUAUAAAAUUAAACAAUGCAUGAAAGCAUCUCGCUUCUCAAUCGCGGGAUGACUUUUUCCGUAUCCCUUUGAUAAUUCCUCAUAUGUUGCCUGAAGUUCCAUUCAGACCGAGCCCCUUAUCAUACUAUGCAAUUAAUAUCGUUUGAAUGUUCUACAUAAGAAAAUGACAAAAAAAAAAAA